GUAAUCGGAUGACGUGGCUAAAGCCACGUCAGUCGAUAUAUUAAAAAAAAAAAAAAAGAGGUAAAUGGAUGAGCACGUCUUUGUGGGAGAGAGAGGCAGAGGGAGAACGUUUGUUUUUGUCGUCUUUGUGGGAAGAGAAAAGCAGAGCUUUGGUUUCUAUUGUCCUCUUCGUGGGAGGAGGGAGCAAACCGAGUGGGUCUUCAUGGAUUUCGAGUGGUCAUCUUCGUGGGAGGAGGGAGCAAAUCGCGUGGGUCUUCGUGGGAGGAGAAAAAGCAGAGGCUUUUGGCAUUCUUCGCGGGUCGUUGAAGUGGCUUCAGAUCUGUGCUUGUCCUGUGCUACCAACGACACACUCGAUUCCUGGUUCUAUGCUGUUUAUGGGUGCCAGAGAGGUCAUAAGAUGGAUUAUAACAUUUCUUGUGAUUUUCUUACACACUUGCUGACCUUCUUCUUGAAAUCAUCUCUCCUAUCUCUCCAUUCCUUCUGCAAAUACAAAAUGCAAACAUGGAUCUUAGAGCACAGGGGAUUCGUCAUUAGGACUGGAAAGCAUUGAUAUUAUACUCAAAACAAUACUUUCAACCUGAAACAACAAAAAAAAAAAAA